AUGGCCAACUACAACCACCAACACCACCAUGCCGAGGAGCAGCAGCCUCACGCCUACGGUCGUCCGAGCACCGACGUGGACGCGCACCUGUUCCAGCUCGUGUCGUCAUCGGCUCUACGUGGCCUGCUCGACAAGAUCGUCGGCUCGAAAACACUCAUCCUCGAGCCUUCUCUCGCCGGUCCACUGGGGUUGAUCACGCAGGUGUCGUCGCUCAAGAACGGCCAUGGCGUCAGUCGCAUGUUCUGGUUGGAACCGGGCGCGCUGGGUGGGGCCGCGUCAGGGGCGAGCGGGGGCGGAGGCGGAGGUGGGGGCAUCGAGCGCAACAUCGUGUAUCUGUGUCGACCCCAGUUGAGGUGGAUCAAGAUCAUUGCAGGUGAGCACUUUUGCUUCUUCUUUGGAUCUUGUCCUCUCCCUCGGAACAAAUUAGCCGGGCUUUGCACCUGUCCCCUCCUUCUCCUCGGGGGAGGGGACGUUUCCUCGUUGCAAGCUCGGUCAGUAAGAUUUCCAUACAUCGAUUUUCCAUGAUCAUGCUCGAUGUUGGGCCACCCUUUGUCGGUGAGGAUGGCGCAAGUACCCUCCGUCACUCUUGACACGCAGAGGGACUCCAUCAUCAUCCGGAAACACCAUCGACCCCACGUGUGGGGCUCAACAAAAUUAUUAACCGGCCAACUGAUUCUCUCUUUGCUUGCCAUGCUGCUCCUCACCAUACGUCCACCAAAGACCAAAUCAAGGCGACCUCGUCGUCGAACUCGUCGUCGUACUCGUACCAUCUCCUCGUCGUACCUCGCUUGACCGCCCCCUGUCAGGCCCUGCUCUCGGACCUCGGCGUGCUCGGCUCGCUCGAUAUCCACGAGUUCCAGCUCGGGCUCAUCACGCUCGAGUCGGACCUGCUCUCGUUGGAGAUGGAAGACUCGUACAAACGCUUGGAGCUCGAUCAGGAUGGCGCCGUCAUUUGGGACAUGGCCAAAGGGUUGAUGGUCCUGCAACGCGCUCUGGGCGAGGUGCCGCGGAUAAUCGGCAAGGGGGAAGCGGCGAAUGUGAGUCGUAUUGUACAUCGAGCCUGGUCGAGGUUUCAUCAACCUGACGACGUUUUGACUCUUUGGAACCAGAAACUCGUCGACUUGUUGCAACGAUUACGGAGAGAAGCGUCUUCGUCGACCGCGGGUGCGCCACCUUUAGCCGCGACGAACGCCUCGAUCGACUCGAUGGUCAUCCUCGAUCGAUCCGUCGACCUCAUCACGCCCAUGUGCACGCAACUGACCUACGAGGGCCUGAUUGACGAGGUUAUUGGCAUCAAGAACUGUGCGUACCCGAUUAUGCGUAAUGUUCCGUCCGGUGCUAAUGCACGUGACCGGCGCUCGCACAGCCCACGUCGAUGUCGACCCUUCGUUGUUGAACCCGGCCCCGGCUUCGGGACCUUCGACUUCGCCCUCGCAACCUUCCAUCUCGCAAGCCGCGCCCCCGAAACCCAAGAAGCACCUCCUCUCGUCGACCUCGGACCCUUUGUUCCCGACCCUGCGCGACGCAAAUUUCGCCAUAAUUGGUUCGCACCUCAACCGCAUCGCCCGGCGCCUCAACGACGAUUACGACAAGCGCCAUCAGGCGCGCACGCCGGCCGAAUUACGGCUAUUCGUCGGCCAACUGGGGGGUCUACAGAAUGAGCACCAAAGUCUGAGGUUGCACACGGCGUUGACGGAGAAGAUUAUGACCGUCACGGGAGGGGACGAGUUUAAUACCUGUCUCGAGGUGCAGCAGAGUCAGUCUCGAGUCAUUUUAGGUGCGGAUCAGGGAUGAUGCUGACCCCGCUCUUUUCCGAUCAGACACCAUCGCCGGGGCCGAUCUGGCGACGCAGGAAGCGACGAUUCGCGAACUGAUCAACCAAGAAGUACCGCUCUACACCGUACUGCGGCUCUUGUGCCUCUACUCGCUCGUCUCGGGCGGGCUGAAGCAAAAAGUGCUCGAGGAGUUCAAGAAGGAGAUACUGCAGGUGCGUGCACGAUUCGGUACCGGAGCUUAGUGGCCUGAAACUGAGAUUUCACGUACCUACAGACCUACGGCUACCAACACCUUACCCUCUUGACCCACCUCACGAGCCUCUCCAUCCUCUCCCGACCCCCUGCCUCCUUGAGCAACCCCUCCAAAUCACCCUUUGCACUCUCCCGCAAACCACUCAAACUGAUCGUCGACGACGUCGACGAAUCUUCCCCCUCGGACAUUUCCUACGUCUUUUCGGGCUACGCACCUUUGAGUGUGAGGUUGGUGCAAUGUGCGAUCGGGGCCGGGGGAGCGGCCAAGCUUUCGACGGGCUCGUCCGCUUUGGCGGGCUUGACGAAUGGGGCCUCGUCGUUGGGGAGGAUGUCCGGCGUUGGGGGUGGGAGUGCGACUGCGACUGCGAAUGCGGGGAAUGGUGGUGUGAAUGGGUGGAAAGGGGUUGAAGAGGUCGUCAAGACUUUGAGAGGGGGUGAGAUCUUUGAUCGGGUCAUGGGCGAAGCGAAGGGUAAAGCUUAUGGGGAGAACGAAGGGGAGGCGGAGGCGGCGACGAUGAUGAGGACCAAGACGACGGUCGUCGUGUAUUUGGGCGGGAUCACGUACGCCGAGGUCGCGGCGCUGAGGUUUGCUCAACGGGGGAUGCGAGGUCAGUCGCCUUACGUCUUGGGUCUGUGAUUCACGCGACUGAACGAUAUUUCGCAUCAUUCUCAGGUCGCAACCUCCUCAUAGUGACGACCGAGAUGAUUCAGGGGACCCAACUGCUCAAAAGUCUCCAGCCCGGUCCCUUGUCGUCCUGA